UGCUGGGAAGGGAGUCUCACCCUAGCAACAGCAAGAUUAUAAACGAUGAGAGUUCUCAAUUUUAGCUAGGUAACUGUUUGACAAUUCAGACGUUUUGUUUACAUUUACAGUGAAAGAAAAUUAAAUGUGAGUUUUCCAUAAUUUCCGAAAUGGACAAACUGCAGGCAGAAGAUGCACGGUACUUGAAAAGGAAAGUAAAACGGGGGAGUUUGGAUGUCCACCCGACAGAGAAAGCCCUCGUUGUUCAGUAUGAGGUGGAGGCGACUAUCCUCGGCGAAAUGGGGGACCCGAUGGUUGGAGAACGCAAGGAGUGUCAGAAAAUCAUCCGCCUUAAAAGCUUAAACGCCAACACAGACAUCACCACCCUGGCUCGCAGGGUGGUGGAGGAAUGCAGGCUCAUUCAUCCAUCUAAACUUCCAGAGGUGGAACAACUGCUGUUCUACCUGCAGAACCGCAAGAAGCCAGACAAACAAGAGAAACAUUUGCCCAGAGACCUCACACCAUUUGAGGGGAUGGAGCUGGAUGAGGAGGCCAACAUCAACUGCAUAGAUGACUAUGUGGAGCUGCUGUAUGAAGACAUCCCAGAGAAGGUCAGGGGAGCCACCCUCAUUCUCCACCUCGCCUGCAACCCUGACAACCUGGAAGAGCUCCUGCAGAAUGAAACGGCCCUGGGAGCUCUGGCCAGAGUCCUGAGGGAGGACUGGAAACAGAGCGUUGACAUGGCAACUACCAUUAUCUACGUCUUCUUCUGCUUCUCCAGUUUCUCCCAGUUUCAUGGGCUAGUGACCCACUAUAAGAUCGGAGCCCUCUGUAUGAACAUCACUGAACACGAGCUGAAGAGGUACGACCUCUGGCAGGAUGAACUGCAGAAGAAGCAGAAGGCUUAUGAAGAGGACCCUGACAACCAGAAUGUGAAGAAGGAACAUGAGAAAGCCUUGAAGAAAUACCAGGGCCUCCUGAGCAAGCAGGAGCAGCUUCUACGAGUGGCUCUGUACCUGUUGUUAAACCUGGCUGAGGACACACGCACAGAGCUGAAAAUGAGGAACAAGAACAUCGUCCACAUGCUGGUGAAGACCCUGGACCGGGAGGACGAGGAGCUACUGGUGCUCGUGGUCUCCUUCCUCAAGAAACUCAGCAUCUUCCUGGAGAACAAGAACGACAUGGCAGAGACGCAUGCGGUGGAGAAACUGGCCAGGCUGCUGGCCUGUGAGCAUGAGAACCUACUGAACACUACCCUGCGUCUGCUCCUCAACCUCUCCUUUGACACAGGCCUCCGCAGCCAGAUGGUUCAGGCUGGACUCAUCCACAAACUCUCCUUAAUGCUAGCUGACGAGAAGCAGGGACAGCUGUGUAUGUGCAUUCUGUACCACAUCAGUGUGGAUGACCGAUUCAAGUCCAUGUUUGCCUACACAGACUGCAUACCACAGUUGAUGAAGAUGCUGUUUGAGUGUGGUGAGAGCCACAUGGAACCUGAGCUCAUCUCCUUCUGCAUCAACCUGGCUGCCAACAAGAGGAACGCACAGGUCAUCUGUGAAGGUAAUGGUCUGAAGAUGCUGAUGAAGAGGGGUCUGAAGUUAAAGGAUGUUCUUAUCAUGAAGAUGAUCAGGAACUUGUCACAACAUGACGGACCCACCAAGAACCUCUUCAUAGACUAUGUGGGUGACCUAGCGGCUCAGAUGGGAGCAGAGGAGAGGGAGGAGUAUGUGAUAGAGUGUCUGGGGACUCUGGCUAACCUCACCAUCCCUGACCUGGACUGGGAACUGGUGCUGAAGGAGUACAACCUGGUGCCCUACCUCAAAGACCACCUCAAACCAGGCUCGGCAGAGGAUGACCUUAUCCUAGAGGUGGUGAUCAUGAUAGGGACGGUGUCCAUGGACGACUCCUGUGCUGCCACAAUGGCCAAGUCUGGCAUCAUCCCUGCUCUCAUCGAGCUGCUCAACGCCCAACAGGAGGAUGACGAGUUUGUGUGUCAGAUUGUCUAUGUGUUGUACCAGAUGGUGGUCCACCAGGCCACCAGGGACGUCAUCAUCAAGGACACACAGGCUCCUGCCUACCUCAUUGACCUGAUGCACGACAAGAACGCUGAGAUACGGAAAGUCUGUAACAACACACUGGACAUCAUUGCUGAGUAUGAUAACGAGUGUGAGAGAAAGAUCCAGAGUGAGAAGUUCCGCUGGCACAACUCCCAGUGGUUAGAGAUGGUGGAGAACAGAGCCAUGGGAGACGACGGAGAACCCUUCAUGUUUGGAGACGAUGGAGAAGCAUUCAUGCACAAUGGAGACAUUCUAGAGAGACCCGACCUCUUCUACACCGCAGAUGGGAUCAUCCCAGCAGACGGUACCAUCAGCCCAGAGUUCUUCACAGACUACCAGAACGGAGACAUUGGCCAGGCUGGAGGCUUUCCCGGCAGUAUGAAUACGGAUAUGUUUGGGCAGUCGACGGUGACCCCUGGACAGCGCCCUGCCACGACCUACGGCACCCGGCCAGACGAGCAGUUCUUCUACAGCUACGCUGGUGCAGCUUCCAGAUGAACCAGGUUAACUUCACUCUACCACAGAGACUGACUGCAGCUAUGUCCCAUCUAGCCAGGUUAACUUCACUCUACCACAGAGACUGACUGCAGCUAUGUCCCAUCUAGCCAGGUUAACUUCACUAUACCACAGAGACUGACUGCAGCUAUGUCCCAUCUAGCCAGGUUAACUUCACUCUACCACAGAGACUGACUGCAGCUAUGUCCCAUCUAGCCAGGUUAACUUCACUAUACCACAGAGACUGACUGCAGCUAUGUCCCAUCUAGCCAGGUUAACUUCACUCUACCACAGAGACUGACUGCAGCUAUGUCCCAUCUAGCCAGGUUAACUUCACUAUACCACAGAGACUGACUGCAGCUAUGUCCCAUCUAGCCAGGUUAACUUCACUAUACCACAGAGACUGACUGCAGCUAUGUCCCAUCUAGCCAGGUUACCUUCACUAUACCACAGAGACUGACUGUAGCUAUGUCUCAUCUAGCCAGGUUACCUUCACUAUACCACAGAGACUGACUGCAGCUAUGUCUCAUCUAGCCAGGUUACCUUCACUAUACCACAGAGACUGACUGCAGCUAUGUCCCAUCUAGCCAGGUUAACUUCACUAUACCACAGAGACUGACUGCAGCUAUGUCCCAUCUAGCCAGGUUAACUUCACUAUACCACAGAGACUGACUGCAGCUAUGUCCCAUCUAGCCAGGUUAACUUCACUAUACCACAGAGACUGACUGCAGCUAUAUCUCAUAUAGCCAGGUUAACGUCACUAUACCACAGAGACUGACUGCAGCUAUGUCCCAUCUAGCCAGGUUACCUUCACUAUACCACAGAGACUGACUGUAGCUAUGUCUCAUCUAGCCAGGUUACCUUCACUAUACCACAGAGACUGACUGCAGCUAUGUCUCAUCUAGCCAGGUUACCUUCACUAUACCACAGAGACUGACUGCAGCUAUGUCUCAUCUAGCCAGGUUAACUUCACUAUACCACAGAGACUGACUGCAGCUAUAUCCCAUCUAGCCAAGUUAACUUCACUAUACCACAGAGACUGACUGUAGCUAUGUCCCAUCUAGCCAGCUAUGCUUUGUGGUCAUGAAGGAGUAUCAACACUCCUUCCUGUAUGUUCAACAGCACCUUGGUAUCUCAGCUGAUCCCUUCUAGUGCUGUAGUCCAAACUCUAGCAGUGAUGUUGUUGCUGUUUUGUUUAAUGAAAACAUUACAUCUUAAGCUACCUAAGUGAUGUUGUUGCUGUUUUAUUGAAUGAAAACUUCACAUCUUAAGCUACCUAAGUGAUGUUGUUGCUGUUUUAUUGAAUGAAAACAUCACAUCUUAAGCUACCUAAGUGAUGUUGCUGAAAAACAAUAUUUGCCAUUUUGUUUUUAGCUUUUAUUGUAAUAUUAUACAUCUCAAUGUUCACUACAAGUAUGUAUUUCUGUAGCAUAAUACAACAACACAAACUAAAAUGAAUUAACUGAAUUAUUAAAUUAUACAUUCAUGAUA